CUUGGCCAAUAAUUUUGACUUGACAGCUUGUACUCGUUUUUUUCUCAAUAUAAAUCAUGACUGUCUUGAAUUGGGAGAAUGUUCUUGAGUUCAGUGCGAAUAAUUUGACCGAAGAUUUGAAAGAUGAGCUUGGCAGUGAAUUGGUCAAGUGUGACAUUGAAUCACAGUCUGAUGUUUCAAAACUACAGCACAUGCUCAAAAUUUCUCAGCAAAUUUUGCUGUACAAAAAUGAACAGGUUGAAGCUCUGACAACAGAAAUUGAUAACCUUGCUGCACAUCAGGGAGAAUAUGAAGUACAGAAUCGGCAAAGUUUGCAGGAGGAAAUUGAUCAGCUUCGAGCGCAACUAUCUCAGGCUGCCAGAUUCAAAGACCUCUCCAAAGAUGACAGUGCGCUGAUUCUACAGCAAGAAGUGGCUAAAUUAGAAGUCCAGAAUGAACAACUUUUGCUUGAGCUCCGAGAAAAAGAGAAGGACUUUUUGAAUGAGAAGAAAGAGACUGAAAAGUUUGCAGAACAAGUCACCACACUUGAGAAAGAGAAAAAUGAACUUCUUCGAGAACUGUCAUCCCUUCACAGGGAAAUCAAUGACUACAGUGACACUAAAUCAAGGCUAAGUACUCCCCUCACCCCCACAGGAAAGGAGCAAGAUCUCACCGAUACUAUCCGCCAAAAAAAUAGGCAAAUCACAGAACUUUUAGAAGAUAUCCAGAUUAUCGAAAAUGAAAAUAGUACUCUAAAAGAGAAUCUCACUGUUGUCCGAGAUGAACUCACUGUAGCCACUAAAUCAGUCUCAGAGCUCACAAACCAGUCGCUCAGUUUGAAAUUGGCUCUUGAAGAGACCAAAGAAAAACUGAACACUAAGAACCAAGAAGUCUCUGGUUUGAAAAAUCAGGUUUCUGAGCUUGUGUCGGAGAAGAAAAUCCGAGACAGUCAGCUCGAUGGACUCAUUUCUGCACUUGAUGUCCGAGUCAAACAAUGGCAAAAUCUUCUCAAUGAAAAAGAUGCCGAAUUAAAAGCGCUCAAAAAUCAGUUGUUGGCGUACGGUUCUGAUAACUCUCAGAUCACAGGUUUUGCACAAGUAUUACGUAAGCGUGAAGAACAAGUUGAGGAACUUCAAAAACAGUUGAAACAAGCGACUUAUGACCUGGAGGAAAGUGCUGAUCUCCUGCUCAAAUGCAAACCUCAAGAAGGAGCUGCAGAAGUCCCAAAAUCCCUUUACAAUGAUCUCAAGUUAAAGUUACAGUUUGCGGAAGAGGAGAUCAAAGUGCUAACCAAACGUGCGGAGCAUGCAGAGCUUGAAGCUCACACUAAAGCUGAGCAAGUUUCAGAGUUGAUCAUUCUUUUGCGAGAAAGAGAGUCUGGGACAAGCUCAGAGUCGCUCAUCCGAGAACUCCAGAAGCAAAAGUCUAUUCGAGAUCAUCACAUUGAUCGACUGAUCCAAGCUGGGAAUUCCCUGCAAGAAGAAACUGAGAGACUUGAGUAUGAAAAUAUUGCUCUGCGAGAGAAGUUUAGUGUACCAAAAGAUGAAGAAAUUCCCAUUGAAGGUGUGAAAAAUCGUAUACAGGAAGAAAAAUUAAAGCUAAAGCAACUCGAGCAAGAACUAGAAAAUGCACAAGCAACCAUAAACUCUUUGAAAAUUGAUAACAGAAAGCUCACUAAAAAACUGAAUUUGAAAGUGAUAAAUCAAGCACCUUGUAAACCGAUUUCCAUUUCACCUUCCUCAUCAGACAUUGAGGAAAGAGUAACGCUUAGUCAAGCACCAUCGACUGCACGGAUUGAGGAUGAUGCAUCAAAAUUUAUAGAUGAAACGCUCCAAACAAAAUUGACUGAAAUCAUCAAUGAAAACGAGGCGCUACGAGUUGGUCUUCAUGAAGUUUUAGAGAGUAUUCAUGGUCAAGAUGGAGUUCAUGUUCAGAUCAAGUCUCAAUGUCUGGAGCGCUUGCUUGAGGCAUUGGAUGCUAGACAUAUCUCUGGCUGGUACCACCCUGCGAUGCGGCUUCAGGCGCAACUACACAAUUUGCAAGGGUUUAAUAGUAGUCUUCGAGAACAGCUUUAUCAAGCCAAGGUCAAAGAAACUCAGUUACUGGAAAAGUUGCAACACUGCAAUGCCUUUAUGGGUCAGGUAGAAAACUAUGUGUCAUCACUGGAGAAUACUUCAGUUCAAGAUACACAGCAGAGUCAGCCAACGAUUAAACAGGAAGAGCUGCCUGCUGUAAGUACUGGAGAAUCUACAAACAUCAACAGGAAUGAGGAUGAUAGAAUCCAACUCGAAGCAUUAGAAAAAAAGCUAGAGAUGACGGAACAAAAAUUAGAAGAAGAGAAGCGCAACAGUGAAAAUACAAAAGAGACUCUUUUGAAGAAAAUCGAAGACCUGAAGUGUGUUCAAAUGGAGAUAGAAGCUCAGCUUAAUGAGCUGAAAUCAUCGUGGGAGUCCAUGCGUAAAAAUCCUGAUUCGCUGCAACAACAAUUGGCUGACUUGGCUCUGAGGGCAAGCUCUUUAGCAGGUGAAUGUCAAAGAAGUGAACGUAAAUGCAAAGCCCUCCAAGACAAUGAGAAUCGUUUAACAGUGGAAAAGGUGAAAAUUGAAGCAAAACUUGAUGAAUUAACACAAAGUUCAAGGAGAGAUGUUGAAUUGAUGGCAGCUGAAAAGAAUGAGCUUUUACUGGACGUAGCAAGGUUAGAGCAACUUGUUGAAAAUUCAGUAGCUUUGUCAGUACAUGAUGACUUGAAGCAUCAAAAUUUUGAUCUGUCGAUCAAAUACAAAGCUCUAUUGAACAAGCAACCUGCUUUUAUCAGUGCUGGUGAUGCUCUAUCAAAGUUUGAAAUCGAAAAUCAGAGAUUGAUCGCUGAAACAGAUAGCAAAAUAAAUGGAAUGUUGAAGACCCUUGAAAAAACCUUCUCCAACCAGGAUAAAGCACCUUCUGAUCAGGUUUCAUUACUCAACGAACAGUUGUCUGCAAGCAAUGCAAAGUUACUAGUUGAAUCACAGAGAGCUGAGUACCUUGCCAAAGUUAAUCAGUCAUUGAAAGAUCAACUCAUGGAAACAGAGACAAGAUGUCAAAACCUUCAAAGUAGUCUGACAGAAGUGGAAGAAAGUUGCCGUAAGCUUGAAUUAUCAGAAGCAAUCCUUCGAGAUAAAUUGUUCUCUUUUAUUGAUUCUGAUUCUUACAAUCAACUCCAAAAGAAGUGUUUAGACUUGGAGAAACGUCUGGUUUUCAUGGACUCAGAACACCAGCGUCUGACUGCUGAAUGCGAUUUAAUUCGCACGUCAACCUCAAAAUUUGUUGUUGAGCAUGGUAUCAUGCAGCUCAAAUUUGAUUCACUGAAGAGACAGGUUCUUGAGCUUCAGUCAGCUAGUGAUGACAAGUUGCUUCUAGGACAAUUGAUGCAAGAGGUAGAAUUUGUUCGAGAGAAAAGUCUUAAAGAUGAAGCUGAAAUCGAGGAGUUAAAACUGAAAAUUCAAGGGCUGGAAUCAACUAACCACCAACUAAAAAUCAAGCUCAGUGAAAGUGCAACUGUAAAUGUCAAUUGCAAGGACAAUUUUUUGCGGAAGCAGAGAUUGUUUCAAGAAAUCGUGGCUGGCUUGUUGGAACACUGGGUAGAUGGAAUUCCGCGGCCAACCAGGGAGUGUUGGGUUGAAAAGUUGAGGAGGCUCUCGGAAGAGAAAGCUUUUGCUUGGGAACAACUUAAACAGGCCCUGUCAGUCAAUGAUCAAAAAACCAUUGAGCUUCUAGAAAACCAACCCAUGCUGAAGUCAAACAAGCUAAAAUUACAGAGUAUUAGUUUACAGCUAACAGCUGAGAAGUUGGAAAAGCGACUAGAAUUAGCAGAAAGUAGAUUACAAAAACAGGAAGAACUCUCUAAUCGCCUCGAAGAGGAGUUGGUUACUUUAGACAAAGAAUGGGAAAACAAGCUUCGGAAGUGGACAUCUUCUUUGGUGGAAAUAUCAGACUCAGAAUCAGAGCCAAAGCCAGUAAAAGAACAGAAGACUGACAUCAACACAAAAGACAUCAACAAAAAUUUAAGGGCGAAGUUGAAUCAGGCAAACGGAACCUUACAGAAACAGGCUCAAAAAAUAAAGCAUCUUGAAUCUGAAGUUCGGAGCUUGGAAAAAAGAUUAUCCUCUCUACAGAAACAGACCGCCGAGAAAGAUGGCCUUCUUGCGUCGAAAGAAAGCACUAUCCGCAAAUUAGAAACGGAAAUUCUGGACUUGACUGAAAGUUUAGCCAAAACUGAGGUCAACUCUGUUGAGACUUUAGCUUUGAAAGCAACGAUCGACAGUCUCCAGAAUAUUGUGAACCAAAAAGAGGAAACCAUGAGACGUUAUCAGACUUUAUUGAAUGAAAGUCGUGAAGAACGCUCGUCUGCGGAGGCUCUUCUUCAAAAAGAGAUGCAGAAUCUUCAAGAGAAACUUAAUUCUGUGCAAGUUCACUCUAGUAACAGAGGUCACAAGUCCGAUGAAGGAGGAGAGAACCCUCCGGUGCAUGGCUACAUCACUAAAGUGCAUGAACUGGAAGAUGAACUUGCUAACGUCAACACCCAGGUGCAGAAUUUAUCAAGCCAGCUAUCGGUCGCUCAGCAGUUGGCCAACCAAUGGAGUAACGCCGCUACUGAUGCUGUACAAAUGAAUGAGCAGUUUGACUCUAAGCCUGGAUCUUCAAGAAUGCCCAAAGAAGAAACAGUAGCAAGUUCUAAGCUUUUAGAGAAUAAAGAUGAAGAAAUAGCUAAGUUGAAGAAGGAAGUGAAUACGUUGAAGCGGCGCUUGAUUGAAAAAGAGGAAAAUGAGAAAAAUUUAAAGCAACAAGUUUAUGAUGCUAAGGAGCAGAUCAAUUCUACAGAGCAACAACUUACUGCAAGUAAAACUGAACUAUCUCGAUUGAAGCACCAAUUCAACGUCAAAGCACACACUGUAAGUUCAGUCCGAGAAGAACAGCUCAAGAAAAAGGUCAAGAUUUUGGAAGAACAGCUUGAAAGAUAUGUCAAAGAGGAAAACGAAGAAAAUAAACUUAGGAAAGAAAGAUGUGCAAAAGAGGUGGAAAAGUGGCAAGCAAGUAAGAAAUGGCAAGCAACAAAUGAUAAACUUAAAGCACAGUUGAAAGAUUCUCUUACUCAGCUUGAAGCUUCAAGAUCAACCGUAGAAAAACUCAAAGAGCUUCUUGGGAAAAUAGAAAAGGAUAAAAUGAUGCUGGAAAUCAAGUUGAAGAACAACCAAUCAAAAGUGCAUAAGUCAUCUGUAACUCAAAGUCUCAUUGAAGAGCUGCAAAGAGAAAAUAAGCGCCUUGAAGAGGAACUCAGUCUCUUGCGGAAAACAUUCAACCUCACAACUGGAAGUACAUCCUUGGUUAGCGUUAUAGAGGCUCAAGAUCGGAAAAUCAAAUCACUAGAAACAUACUCAAAAUGUAGUAAAUCCAAGUCCACAGUAGAAGAAAUGGAAAAGCUGUUUGAAAAACUAUCUACCAUGCAAAAAUUGAACCACAGUCUGGAAGAAAAAAAUCUAGAGCUCUCUAUUCAACUUGAGGAUCUGAAAGCUGAUCAAGAUAUAAGGAGACAGGACAUCUACAGAAACAUGCAAAUGUCAUCCCAGCAAAAAGAUCAGGUUCAGAUCAAGAAACUGGAGAGUGAGCUAAACAUGAUGAGAGAGAACUACCUGAAUGCAAUGAAGCAAGUGUCGGACUUAAAAACUGAACUUCGGAUGCGAGAACUUCAGCAGUCCAAAAGAUUACCCGAGAGCGAUGAAAUCAAGCAACUCCGGGCACAGCUGAACCACAAAAAUGCAUUACUGAGUCAGGUAAAAGUGUCUCUAGGACGGGCAGUUGCAAGUGGAAUUCAUUCGUGAAAUAAGUUUUCAAUAUCAUCAGUUUUAUUUAAGAUUUUUGGGUAAAUCAUAGGUUCAUAAGUCUUAGCUCUAAGUUAUAGGGAAGAGGAACGAAUCUGCAGUAUUGUGUGAGUUUCUGUUCCGCUGAGGAAAUUUCACUCAGGGAGUAUUCACAGAAUUUUUAUUAUAGGUGGGUUUGCUCCAGUGAUCCCAAGCGUACGGAUUUAUCCGAGCCGCGCGGACAUUCCCUGGACCGAAUCGGACCGCGUACGGACAAAAAUCUCACGGGAAAAUGCUUCCCUAUCGUAAAAUAUCCGUACGCGUGACGUCACAGAAUGACGCUCGGCCAAUAGCAGCACGGAGAGCGGUAGAGCGUACGGAUCUCGCACACGGUGCACCCGGGAACACUGGUUUGCUCAGUUAUAGCAAGCAAAAACAA